AUGCUAAUGCCGGCAGAUGCGAUGUCAAAGGCAAGGAGCAACGGGGCGGGAAUGAUCGAUCUCAGAUGGCUAGAUCUGAUUGAUUAUCUUCCACUUAUCCUCGAAUACCUUAUGAUGGGAUGCAGAGCAGCGAUGAUCCCGCCAGGCUAUAGAGCAAUGGCCACACACGUUUCAAUCAUCUCGACUGCUAAGUUUCAACUGCCACUCUCGAUCUCUUGGCUUUCAACACCCGACGGGAUAUUAUCCGGCCUAUACUCCAGCCACGACGGCCAAUUCUCCUUACAUAGGCUGGCCUCCAUUGAGUCUUUCAGCCGCGAUUGGCAUGCUAUUUCCCGGCUAGCCAAGCCUAGCCGCGCAUCAGUGCGGCACGAUCCCGAAAACCCGGCCGUUGUGCCCCCGAAGAAUGCCCGGGGUGUCUCCACAAAUCCCGAUGAUCCGGCACCAAAUGGCACCGGCAGUUGCCCCUCUUGGCCCGGUCGCCAACCCGUCCCAUCUGAAGCACCAACUCGCUUCGCCAGAGAAAUCCCAUCAAAGUGCCGAACCUUGCAGAUGAUACCCCCCAUUACCUCAAAACUCAACGGGUCGCCGCGGACUGCCGACACAUGUUACCGUCCUCCCUUCAUCACUCAAAUCCCUCUGAGCAGCUCAAGCCCCAACGGUCCCCGGAAUUUGGGCCAUCACGACGGCACGCAACCAACACGCCCAAGGGUCUCGCCAGCAGAGCCACUCUGCGCACCCGAUCUGAUCACUCAGUCCGGUGAGAAACGAGACUGCUUCUCGCUCUUGAAACCGGAACCAGGGGGGAACCCCUGCAUUGUCAGUGUGCUGGCGCCGGUAAGCUUGUUGCCUUUCUCGGCCGACGCCACCACUGACGGCAGCAUGUACGGCAGCCAAAGAACCACAACCGAGACGUUGAGAUCCCAAAAGAUUUUCCUGGUUGCAUUGCAGGUCGCUCAGGUUGAAGGCAAACUCAUCACCGUUUCAAGACGAGGAAACAAGGCGUCCCGUGAGCGCAAGUCACGCAUGAUAAGCAGUCGUCGCAUUCUUGCAUACCAAUGUCCAGUGCUGAUUCCUGGUACAUAA